UAUAAUUCGAAGAGCUGCCGCCGAAGCUUUUGUUCAAUGGCGACGAACCCGACGUUUCAGCUUUUCUCUUCUUCAAACGAUAAAUCUUCACAAGGUUCUGGUCUAGAUUUAGGGUUCCUUGAUUCACCAGAGCCAGCUCUUCCUCCACCGCCUCCUCCUGUUGAAGUAUUAUCCUCCGAGGUAUCUUCCUCCGUCGAUUUCGAAGUGGAUAAAGUGAUUAUCGGCGAGAUCACUCUUUUGAAGGGUCGUGUGAGCACUAAAGAGGUCUUUGGAUUGCCUAAUUCAGAUUUGGUUCCUGGAGUAUAUGAAGGCGGGCUUAAGCUUUGGGAAGGAUCAAUUGAUCUUGUCAAAGCUCUUGAAAAAGAAUCACAAACUGGAAACUUGUCACUCUCUGGAAAGCGGGUUCUCGAGCUUGGAUGUGGUCAUGCACUUCCAGGAAUCUAUGCGUGUCUCAAGGGUUCAGAUGUCGUCCAUUUCCAGGACUUCAAUGCUGAGGUCCUUCGAUGUCUCACCAUUCCGAAUCUAAAUGCUAAUCUGUCCGAGAAGUCUUCCUCUGUCUCAGUAGGUGAAACAGAAGUACGCUUCUUCGCUGGUGACUGGAGUGAAGUUCAUCAGGUUCUUCCACUAGUUUAUAGAGAUGGUGAGACUGAUAAGAAGGGUGGUUAUGACGUCAUUUUAAUGGCUGAGACGAUAUAUUCCAUCUCCGCUCAGAAAAGUCUCUAUCAAUUGAUUAAAAGGUGCCUGGCGUAUCCUGAUGGAGCAGUGUAUAUGGCUGCAAAGAAAUACUAUUUCGGGGUUGGUGGAGGGACAAGGCAGUUCUUGUCUAUGAUAGAGAAAGACGGUGCUCUUGCUUCAACAUUGGUGGCUGAAGUCACAGAUGGUUCCUCCAAUGUCAGAGAGGUAUGGAAGCUUUCCUACAAGUAAGUCAAAGCUCUACUGGAAUUCAGUGUCACUCCAAUCUCGUCCAACGAUCCGAUUUUAGUGGAUUUGGGUUGCUCAUAGAAUGAGUAGAAAUUCAAAAUCUCAUCAAUGUUUGGCUUAUAGACUCUGUUGACUUUGUAAUAAUCGCUUAGUUUUUCACUUUA